AUGGCUCUUAACAAGAAGAAUUGUGAUGGUGCUGAUGCUAUCAGGGAAUUUCUUGAGACUUUUGGUCCACUUCGGGGCUUUGAAUUGGUGAAAGACAGAGAUACUCGAAACUCAGAGAGUUACGCAUGCUGUGUAUGUCAAGAUCCUGCAGUUACAGAUAUUGUUUGUGUUGCUCUGAAUGGAAUAAAAUCCGGAGAUUAUAAGACUCUUAGUGUCAGACAAGCUAAUCAAGGUGAAAACCAGCCAAAACCUGCACUGCAGCAAGAAUUAGCAGCAACGAAGUCGAAGGUUGCUAGUUCAAGCCAGGCUAUAUCUACUGCUGAUGGACUUGAUGGUCCUGAUAGUUUAUUUGUGGAUGGUAUUCCUGAUUGCUUUAGCGAAGCAGAGAUCAGGGCACUUCUAGAGACUUUUGGUCCACUUCGGGGCUUUGAAUUGGUGAAAAAUAGAGAUACAGGAAUUUCAAACGGUUAUGCACUGUGUGUUUAUCAAGAUCCUGUGGUACCGGAUACUGCUUGUGCUGUAAAAUUUGGAGAUAAGACUCUUAUGCGUAGAAGAGCACCAAAACCUGAGCAAAAAAGCAGAUUAACUCACGGACUUCAGCUACGUAUUUGA